AUGGAAGAUGAACAAAAGGAAAUUGCUAUUAAGGUGGCAGGAGACAAGUAUAGAAUUAUUUUGCAUGAAGAAAUAGAAAGCAAAGACAUCCAAUGGAGACAUGGUGGUCCUCCAAUUUUCGACAAGGUUAACAAGCUCUUUGAAGAAGGAAGAACAAAGGUUUGGCCAAAAGGUUCACUUGAAGAAACAGUUCAAAAUGCAAUCAAGACAUGGGAGAUGGAGCUUUCCCACAAAACUCGUUUGCAAGACUUUAAAUCUAUUUGCCCUGAGAAGUUCAGGCUCUUUGUCAAUGGAAGAGAAGGGUUAACACGGGAAGAAGUGCUAAGGCUAGGGAGCUACAAUUCCUUAUUGAAGAGUUCAAUGCCAGAAGAAUUUCAGACAUAUUACAAAGCCAGUGAAGAGACAUUCGAAUCAUCACACGACGCGUUCCAAGCAGCGUUUCCUAGGGGGUUCGCAUGGGAGGUGAUCUCUGUGUAUUCAGGACCGCCUGUUAUUGCUUACAAGUUUAGGCAUUGGGGUUACUUUGAAGGACCUUAUAAAGGUCAUGCUCCUACCGGAGAAAUGCUUCAGUUUUAUGGCCUUGGCAUUUUGAAGGUGGAUGAAUCGAUGAAAGCAGAGGACGUAGAAAUCUACUUUGAUCCCGUAGAGUUAUUUGCGGGGCUACUAAAGGGUCAACCUUUAUAUGAUCAACUAGCCACUACCAGCCACCACGAUACCGUUGGUAUAUGCAGAGGCAAUGACAACAGUCACAACACUCACUAAGUGACAAUGGACUGAACACCCGUUGGAGCGGAUCUUUUGUUAGAGAUAUGAGAUACCAAAAAAUAUAUCUUUCUUAACAUCUUUGCCUAAAUAAAUUACAAGAAGAUUCUUUGUUGCAAGAAUGCAAGGUUUGUAUGCUAUAUAUGGUUGUGAUUCGUGAGGUUUUAGUUUUAAUUGUUUUUUGCUAUUAAUAUUUCAAGGUUGUAUGGGUAUAACAUAUUAAUAUACGUUGUGUAAUGAUGUUACAAGGGAAAUUAUUUCAAAAAUG